AAAAGUGUACAUUAUGUCAUCUCAUCAAAUGAACGAUCCCCGUAGUGUAUUAAUAGAGACACUGUAGUAGGUCAAUUCCUAAAUACAAAAUGGAUACCGAAAUGACAUCACCCACGUGAGUGCAGAAAAUAGAAACAUUCCUAUUCUUGGCAACAUCCCAGAGAGGUAUUCAGCUACACUUUUCCCCUCUUCUCUCCGCUCGUAUUUUGACAAUAAUCAAGUUUUGAUUAUUUAAUACAAUGGACAUCCAACCAAAAGAUAUACAAGUUUUAGAAUCAGUGCAAGAUAUUCAAGAGAGACGAGAGCAGGUUUUGGGAAGAUAUGCUCAGUUUAAAGUGGAUGCACGAACGAAGCGAGACAAACUCGAAGAUUCCAGACGACUACAAUACUUCAGAAGAGAUGCAGAUGAAUUAGAAUCUUGGAUAAAUGAGAAAUUACAAACUGCUGCAGAUGAAAAUUAUAAAGAUCCAACAAAUCUUCAGGCUAAAAUACAGAAGCAUCAAGCUUUUGAGGCAGAAGUAGCUGCACACAGCAAUGCAAUUGUUGUACUGGAUAGUGCUGGAAUGGAAAUGAUUAAUCAGGGACAUUAUGCUUCAGAAACAAUUCAACAACGAUUAGAUGAAAUUCAUAAAUUAUGGGAACUUUUAUUGUCUCAUCUAUCAAAUAAAGGCCUGAAAUUGCAGCAAGCACUUAUACUUUUACAAUUUUUACGCCAGUGUGAUGAAGUCAUGUUUUGGAUUAAUGAUAAAGAAGCAUUUGUAACAACAGAUGAAUUUAGUCAAGAUUUAGAACAUGUUGAAAUGUUACAGCAUAAAUUUGAUGAGUUUCAGAAAGAUAUGACAAGUCAAGAAUUCAGGAUAAAUGAAGUCAAUAAACAUGCAGAUAAGUUACUUGAAGAUGGACAUUCGGAUGUAGAAACUAUUUCAAAGAGAAGAGAGGAAGUGAAUGAUCGAUGGCAACGAUUAAAAGCAUUAACCUUGUUGAAACAAGAACGACUGUUAGGUGCUCAUGAGAUACAAAGAUUUAAAAGAGAUGCAGAUGAAACAAUAGCUUGGAUGCUGGAAAAAGAUGUUAUGUUAUCUUCAGAUGAUACUGGACGUGAUUUGAUUAGUGUUCAAGCAUUGCAAAGAAGACACGAAGGUAUUGAAAGAGAUUUAGCAGCUCUUGAAGAUAAGGUAAUGAUAUUAGCACAAGAGACAGAGAGAUUAUGUAGUUUACAUCCGGAUCACGCAGAUCAAAUCCAAUCGAUCAAUUCAGAAAUUACUUCCAACUGGGAUAUGUUGAAAAAGAAAGCUCAGGAACGUCGCCAGAGUUUAGAUGAUUCUCACUUGCUUCAUCGCUUCCUUGCAGAUUUCAGAGAUCUUCUUUCUUGGAUUCAUGAUAUGAAAGGAAUUAUUUCGGCUGAUGAUUUAGCAAAAGAUGUUGCAGGAGCAGAAGCUUUAUUAGAACGUCAUCAAGAACACAGAGGAGAAAUAGAUGCCCGCGAAGAUAGUUUUCGAGCAACAGCUGAAACCGGAAAGAUGUUAUUGGAUAUGGAUCAUUAUGCUAUAGAAGAAGUGAAGGAAAAAUUGGUUCUACUUGCGAGUGAAAAGCAGUCACUCAUGAUGCUUUGGGAAGAGAGACGUAUUCUUUAUGAACAGUGCAUGGAUUUACAACUUUUUUAUCGAGAUACGGAUCAAGCUGACACAUGGAUGGCAAAACAAGAAGCAUUCCUUGCAAACGACGAUCUGGGUGACUCUUUAGAUUCUGUUGAAGCUCUUAUUAAGAAGCACGAAGAUUUUGAGAAAUCACUAGCUGCUCAGGAAGAAAAAAUUAAGGCAUUGGAUGAAUUUGCAACUAAAUUGAUUGAAGGACAGCAUUAUGCUGCUGAUGAUGUAGCACACAGAAGAGAAAUGCUUUUAGAACGGCGAGGUAAUUUGUUAGACAAAUCGGCUUUUCGAAGAGCAAUGUUAGAGGAUUCAUAUCGAUUUCAACACUUUGAGCGUGACUGUGAUGAAACAAAAGGAUGGAUUAACGAAAAAUUAANACACUACACUAUUAAAUUUUGGUGGUGCUGUUUGGAUACAACUGCUUCCCACAUAUACAACCAAAGACUGAUCACAGACAACUGCUUGUGGGAAUAA